AUGUACUUGGAUCUCACAGGAAAUGAUCCUGGACCAUCAGGAGUGAAGCAGCUCAGUGAUUUACUACAGGAUCCAAACUCUCAACUCAAGACACUGAGGUUUGUGGGUCCUGCUGCAGAUGAAGCCUGUCAGUAUGUGACUGGAAUUGUGGGUAAAAACCCGUUACUCCUGAGAGAGCUGAAUCUGAGUGGACAUGAACUAGGAGACACACGAGUGAAUCAGAUCGCUGCUCUACUGCAGGAUAAACACUGUACACUCAACACACUGAAUCUGUGGAGAUGCAGUAUUACAGAGAAACAGUGUCGCAUCCUGACUUCAGCUCUGAAAUCAAACCCAUCACACCUGAGAGAACUGAGGCUGAGCGGGAAUAAACUAGGAGACUCUGGAGUGAAAAACCUCAGUCAUCUACUGAUGAACACACAAUGCAAGCUGGAAAAACUAGAUCUGUGUGAUUGCAGUAUUACAGAGAAACAGUGUCUCAUCCUGACUUCAGCUCUGACAUCAAACCCAUCACACCUGAGAGAACUGAACCUGAGCGGGAAUCAAAUAAAAAACACAGGAGUGAAUCACUUAUGUGACGUACUGAAGGAGUCACGCUGUAAACUGGAGAGAUUGAGAUUAGAAUACUGUGAAAUGACAGAUGAGUGUUGUUCUGCUGUGACUUCAGCUCUGAAAUCAAACCCAUCACACCUGAGAGAACUGGACCUGAGCGGGAAUCAAAUAAAAAACACAGGAGUGAAUCACUUAUGUGACGUACUGAAGGAUUCACACUGUAAACUGGAGAGGUUGAG